UUUGUCAUUUCUCUGGUCCUUUAUGAAAUAAAAUAAGCACAGUGACUUGAGAUUCUCCCAGCACGUCAUGAACGAUGUAGAGUCCGAAUUCUGCAUCUCCGCAGGCGUCGCCACACAGACUCUCCCCCAAGACUACUCUUCAAACACCAUCCCGGCCUCAAGCCUUCUGAGUCUGCCAGCUGAGCUCCGUCUACUAAUCUACGAACACACCUUCACCCACCAAACCAUCCACGUGCACCCAAAAUCCUACUCCUCCCUCGGACUCAACUCCCCCUUACACCCAUAUGGGGCCCGAAAAUACCAAUCAGUAAUCGCCCUUCUCCUGGCUUGCAAAACAACCCGCAAAGAGGCAACUCCAACCUUCAACGCACUCGUCACUUUCGACCUAACACCCUACUACAACUGCAUGGCCGCAGCAUACGAAUUGGGACCCGACAUAUGUCGGAGUAUUAGGAGUAUAUGCGUGGAUCCGAGGCUGGCGAAGCGGUUGGCGGUAGGGAUGCAGCAGGGUGGUGUGAAAGAGACGGGUUAUCGGGAUUUGCUGCCGGCAUUGCGGUAUGUGUAUGUGAGUGAUAGCAGUGUGGUGUUUGGGGUGUUGGCGGUGAGUCAUGAUUUGGCUGUUAGGGCGCUGCGGGUGUAUUUUGGGUGGGAGGGGUUGGAGGUGCGUUUUACAUGA